AUGGUGUUUGCGACGAAUUUUUUGGGUUUAAAAUUGUUUUUAAAUUUGGAACCUGGAGCAACUCGGAGCACUAUGGAGCAACCCGGAGCAAAACAUUUGAGUAAGUCUAAUUUAGUGGAGUGGUUGAAGAUUGGUUCCUUAACUGAUACGUACCGGUACAAUUUAGUAUUGUACGGUGGUACAG